AUGGGGACACAUCAGUGCUUGACAACAGCAAGUCAAACGAAUGCCACCUUGGAUAUAUUUUCCAAUUCGUCGUGUACAAGUGCUGUGACAAAGCCCGAUUCGUCUGUCUCCGAGAUAAUAAUAACAUCUUUACUUGGGACAGUCCUCACUAUGAUGUGUUUAGUCGGAGUUGUCGGGAAUGUGUACACUUUGGUCGUGAUGAAUGUGUCAAUCCGUGUAACCGGUUCCAUGUACGUGUAUAUCGCCAACUUAGCCCUGGCAGACUUGUUGUACCUCUCUACAAUUCCUUUCGUGGUUUGCACUUACUUUGUGAAAGACUGGUACUUUGGGGAUAUCGGAUGUCGAAUUCUCUUUAGCCUGGAUUUUCUUACCAUGCAUGCCAGUAUUUUCAUCCUCACAGUCAUGAGCACGGAGAGAUACCUGGCCGUCGUCAACCCCCUGGACACUUUUGGCAGAUCGAGACGUUACCGGCGCACCAUCACCGUCGCCGUUUGGCUCGUCUCUUUUUUGCUGGCUCUCCCGGCAAUGAUCAUGAUCGAUCUAAAAAGAAGCGUGGAGAACGGAGUGGAGAAGAGUAUGUGCCACCCGACCUGGCAAAUUACAGCUUACAAGGCAUAUCUGACGGUGUUAUUUAACACGUGCAUCUUGCUUCCUGGAUUCAUUAUUUGCUAUUUGUAUCUCAAAUUAGCUAGGACUUACUGGGUGUCACAAACGAGUAUAUUAUCAUCAAAAGAAGUGAGUAAAUGUCCCAAACAAAAGGUAUUAUACAUGAUCUUCAGCAUCGUUCUUGCUUACUGGGCAUGUUUCUUACCUUUCUGGUUGUGGCAAUUACUCAGUAUCUACAACUUUGGGCAAGAGAAUCUUUCUGAUACUACAAUGCUAUAUAUCAACUUUUUCGUGACCUGUCUGGCUUAUAGUAAUAGCUGCAUCAAUCCCUUUCUUUACACUUUAUUAACCAAAAACUAUGAGGAGUAUUUGAGCGACAGUCAAAAACGCAGGAUCAGAUUUAAGAGGUUGAGACUUUCAUCUCAGCGAUCAGUAUCAUCAGGGAGCCACCAUUUUAGCAAUACAUUAAAUAUCAGACACCCAAAUAAUGUCCUAGACGCAUACAGCAAACUUUGA